CAGGGAGGGGGGAGGAGAGAGAGAGGGCGUCAUAUAAAUCAUUAUACAUAUCUGUGGAGCAGGGUUCAUCUUGCAGUGGCAGACGAGACACAACACACACUCACACUCACUGAUUUCCAACUAACAUCGUGAAGUUUUAUUGUUUUUUUUGAGGAAACGACAUCUGGAUUAACUUUUUUUCUCGACUGCUGUGCUCAGGAGGAAUCAUGGAUCCUAUUGUGGAAGUAGUGGCUUUUAUUUUAGGGUUCGUUGGAUGGGUGAUGGUGGGGGUCACCCUGCCGAACCGUUACUGGAAAACCUCCACUGUGGACGGUAACGUCAUCACAACCUCCACCAUCUAUGAAAACUUGUGGAUGUCAUGUGCAACAGAUUCAACUGGGGUCCAUAACUGCAGGGAGUUCCCUUCACUGUUGGCUUUAAGUGGCUACAUCCAAGCAUCUCGGGCCCUGAUGAUCACAUCUGUAGUGCUGGGCUCGUUUGGACUGGUGGCGGCCCUGAUAGGAAUACAGUGCUCAAAGGCUGGAGGGGACAAUGUUGUUCUCAAAGGGAGAAUUGCUGGUACUGCUGGAGUCCUUUUUAUAUUGCAAGGUGUGUGCACAAUGGUCUCAGUGUCGUGGUACGCCUUCAAUAUCACUCAGGAUUUCUUUGACCCGUUCUAUCCUGGGAUAAGGUAUGAAAUAGGAGAAGCGCUUUACAUCGGCUGGUGCUCGGCCGUGCUCGCCAUCGCAGGAGGAGCCUGUCUCACCUGCUCCUGCAAAAUGGGCAGAGAGGAAAAAUACCCUUUGCCUUAUCAGUCCAGAGGAACUGCAUAUUCUGGACCGGCCCCGACAAGAAGUGUUGGUGCAAGUACCUAUGGGCGUAAUGCGUAUGUUUGAAAACAGAUAAGAAAUUUCUUUAAAUAGUUAGGUAUCAUUUUGUGAAAGAGUUAAACAUAUCCUGGUGUUCAGUUUUACACUUUAGAUUGAGCUUUUUCUCCAUUACUUUGAAAGGCUCCAUGUCUGUUAAAUGACAUGACACUCCAGAUAUUGUCACCAAAUACAGCUCAGUUGUGUCACUUCCAUCACCGAGCCGUAUUUGGUGUCAAUAUCUGGAGUGUGUUCUAUACAAAUGAUUGUAUCAAAUGGUGUUAAAGUUGUAUAAGUUGUAAAAUACAAAGGAACCACAAACAGACUGCAGCUUGCAAUGAUUCUAUUUAUGUUUCCCUGAUGAUGCACAAAUACAUUUAGCCUACACGCAGUCACUUAUUAAAGGGUUCCAAUCAUUUCAUAAUCUGUACACACUAAUAGACUUUGGUCAACUCUCGGUCAAAAACUUUGAUAAUUCAUCCGUCUAUGUGUUUUGUACAGUUUUAUAAAUAAUGACUUUGAAAGAGAGGAGAGGAAAAGUUAUGGAUACGUUUUGGAAAAGUUGUAUCUUUUUUGUUUGUUUUUAUACGAAUGUACACAAUAAAAUGUUUUAUGCAAAAAAAAAUGUUGGUUUGACAAACAAGUGGUGGCUUUUUUACAAAUGAUUGCAAAGUUAUUUGUAUAAAUGAUGUAUUAUAUAUUUAUCAGUCAUCUGAGUUAAAUAUUUAACGUAAUUGUUAAUAUUCUUUACAAAUGGAAAUGAUAGAUUAUGUAGCAGUUAAUUGAAAGUGAUCACAUGAUUUUUAGCUAACACAUAUGAGCCCAUGUGUUCAAUAGUUAACCAACUUUUUACAUUUAAAAAAGGAUUUUAUUACAAAUAGAAUUUUUCAUGUCCUCAUAUUUAUGAAUUUGCAAGACAUUGUUGCAUGAAGAGGAAUUUUAUAUCUACAAUAACCAACAUGCUAGAAAAAUUUGGUUUUAUUGCUGAUUCAAUUUGAUUAUCAAGUUCAAUGUUAUCUAAUUUUGCGUUUUAUUAUUCCUCACAAUAAUGACAAUAGGGUAUUGUAUUCUCUGUAAACACAUAACCACUGAAUAAACCUGGAAACCAAAUCUUAA